AUGUACCAACUCUCAACGUUGGACAAGCUCAUGCCACCGGUGUAUGUGCCUGUGGUGUGGAGCUAUGCUGCGGACGAGGCAGCGGCCGAGCCGAGAUGGAGCGAGGAGACGGUGCCGGCUCUGCGCGACUCGUUCGAGGCCACGGUCCGAGAGUUCUUCCCGAUCUUCAACCAUCCUGUGCGACACGACGAGAAGAGCGGAAUGAUACUCGCGACCAAUGACGAUGCGCUGCCGGCUCUGUUCCAGGUCGGCGAGCGAGUGACUGAAGCAGCGGUGCCGGAGGCUGGCACGCCCGCGGGCGAGUGGCGGCCGCCGCGAUCAAGCUACGCACCGCACGAUCCCGAGAAUGAUGCCAUCGGCGCAGAGCAUGGCGAGCGGAGUCUGCUUGUCCGAGUCACGCCAGUGAGCAACGGGGUUUGCGUCCUGGCUUCGUUCCAUCACUCAGUGGUUGACGCCGGCUCGAUGGUGGCGUUCAUGAUGGCAUGGUCGGCAGUGGCGGAGGAAGGGCUCGAGGCCGCGCGCGAUAAGAUCGAGGUUGUGAUGGAGCCGAGCCUGCUCCAGGGCGAGGCUGAUGCUGCGCCAAGCAGCACGCCGCGGACAUGCCGCAAUCUCAUUCCGAUGCCAUACAUGACAACCCGCGAUCUGGAUGCAUGGGCAAGCACUCUUCCCGAGCCGGCGCUGCUGCGCAAGCGGUUCACCCGCGCCGCCCUCGAGGCGACGCGCGAGGCAGGGCGGACUGCUGGUUUUGUGCCGACCUCGCACGAGAUGGUGUGCGCCGAAGUGAUGCGGGAGGCGGCCAAGUACCAGGCUCAAGACAUGCCGUUCUCGCUACAGUUCCCAGCUAAUCUCCGAGGACGCUACCGCAAUCUGCCGGACGCGUACUUUGGCUCUGCUGUCGUGCUCUGUGUCACCGAGCCGAUGCCGGCCGGAAGCGUGGCCAAGGCUGAUGUUGCGGUGCUUGCGCCGAUGAUCCGUGCUGCCAAGGAGCGAUGGACAAGCAGCGCCGAGGUCGAUGCUGUGCUCGGAUGGGAGGUGGCGCGAGACGUCCGCCCGCGGCACUUUCCCGAGUCUGAUGGCGCUCACAUGGUUCUGACCAACUGGACAAGCUUCCCGUUUUUUGCUGUUACCCUCACCCUCGGCACGCCCGUCCACGUUGCGCCCGCGUACACGAUGUGGGUCCCCAAUCUCGGCCACAUCCUCGCCACCGCGCCGUCGACCGAUCGCGCCGCAGACGUCAUAUUUUGCCUUCCAGAGCCGGUACAGGCCAACUCCGAGACGGCGCCGUAGCGUGUAGACACACAGCAGCCUCUCACUGUGGCUUUUAUGCUCCGUCGCGGUUGGUGGAAAGCGCCA